GAGGAGGCAUCGGUCUCGCCACCAACUGUCGUGGUCGUGCCGGCAGAGAUGGCAGCGACCUCACCACCAAGCGACCUGGUUGCGUUGGUUGAGGAGGCAUCGAUGUCGCUGCCAAGUGACUUGGUUGUGCCAGCAGAGGAGGCAGCGACCUCACCACCAAGUGACCUGGUUGUGCCGGCUGAGGAGACAUCGACCUCGCUGCCAAGUGACUUGGUUGUUCCGGCUGAGGAGGCAUCAGCCUCGCUACCAAACGGCGUGGUCGUGCCGGCUGAGGAGGCAGGGAUCUUGCGAAUAGGUAACAUGAUGGCUCCGCAGGUGGCAGCGACCUCGCCAGCAAGUAGCGUGGUCUCGCUGCCAGAGGGGCCACGAGGGCUGAACGUUACGCUAUUAGGGGACGAUCCGCUAACGGAACCGGAUUUUGCGGAGUUCAACAGCUCUUCCAUCAACCCAAACUUAGCUCAAGAUACUGACGUAUCGCCGCCAAGUCAGUUCAGUGAACGUCGGAGGAUGCUAGAGAUUGGCUGGGCUACUUAGCCAUGGAUUGGGGGAUGGCCAAGCCUUUCUCAGGGAAAGUAUGGUGUGUCUAUCGUGCAACGGAUUGGGGGAUUACCGAGUCUUUCUCAACAGAACGUUUCGUUUGUCUUUGGUGUACCGGUUGGUGGGAUGGCCGGGUCUUUCUCUGGAGAACGUUUCGUUUGCCUAACGUGUAACGGUUGAUGGGAUGACCGAGUCUUUUUCAGAAGAACGGUUCGUUUGUCUAACGGGUAAUGGUUAAUGGGAUGACUGAGUCUUUCUCAGAAGAAGGUUUCGUUUGUCUAGCGGGUAAUGGUUGUUAGGAGGGCCGGGUCUUUCUCAGGAGAACAUUUCGUUUGUCUAACGUGUAAUGGUUGAUGGGAUGACCG